AUGGGACGUCAUCUUUUGAUUGGAACCCCCGGGAUAGGGAAGUCAAUGGCGGCUGGCUCCUACAUCCUUUACCAGCUGCUGCACUACGACGCCACGAAGCUCCAUGUGGUUGUGUACUGCUUUGGAAGGGAUUUCGCAUACUUGUUUGACAGGAGGACACGAACGGUGACAAUAUACGUGGGUGGGUGUAAUAUUGGAAGGGUUAUGGUAAAUUUGGCUGGGAGUGGAAUGAAGGGGUAUAUCAUCAUCGAUAUGGCAAUACAUUUUCAAGAGCCAUCGAGUGAUGUUGUGCCCUCCCCUGAGUGGGGCAUCAUUAUGUUGUCGUCCCCGCACGAAGAUAACUUCAAACAAUGGGCGGAGCAGGCGGGUGCUAUCAAAAUCAUCAUGAAUUGCCCCGAUAAAAACGACGUAAAGGCGAUGUGUACGUGGGAGACACGCAAUACCACUGAGGAGGAGCAGGUGGAGUAUUGGAGAAGGAUGCACAUGCGCAUGGAUGACGUCGGACCGAUUCCACGAUGCAUCUUUCAAUACGAUAAAUAUGAGGACCGCGUGGAGGAAACCAAUAACAUCGUGGCAGCUAUCGACGCCUCAGAUGCUGUACAUUAUGGGAUGAUUGGGGGCAUGGGAAUGCGGCCCUCGAAUGACGCUUCUCACAAACUUAUGAAAGCUGUCAGAGCAAUAACACAAGGCGGUCUUGAGGCGUUUGUGAACCUGCCGGCCUGUUUUUCCAUUGAAAGCAAAUUAAUUGGAAGGUUGCUCGAGGUGGAUGAGGAGAAUGACAUUAUUUUUCGACUACGUAAGCACUGCGAAGUGUUGUUACCGGACAUUUUGGGGCGAUACACUCUGCACGCAUUCCUGCGUAGAGUCUUUGUGGAAAAUGUAAUGCCGGGCCUGUCGUAG